CAAAAUUCAGCGCGAAUUUCGUGACCAAAAUUAAAACAAAUAUUGCCAAUGAAAUAUACUUUAGAAGGCAGCAAUGCAAGAGUCAUUGCCAAAGCCGUUCAAUCGCUGUCCAAGGUGGGCAAGGAAAUGUUCAUCGAGGUUGACCAGCAGGCAUUACAAAUGCGGGCAAUUAAUGCCACUCAAUCGGCUGUGGGCAGUAUAUCCUUCAAGAGAUCCAUGUUCGAGGUGUUUGACUUGCCGCCCAAUUCGGAUUUUUUCUGCAAGAUAUCCAUGAAGGGUUGUUUGGCUGUAUUCCGCAAUAUGAAUGAGGUGGAGUACUGUGAACUUAACAUUCUGGAUAAUCAAACCAAUCUGCAGGUAAAUCUCCGCUGCAAAUUGGAGACCACAAAGGAGGCCACCAUAUCCAUCAUAGAUGAUCAAAAUAUUAACACAAAUAUUAACACCGAUCAGAUGCCGAAUAUAAUCCGUGGCGAUCACAAGCUGUUCACUGACAUCUCUAACAACUUUAACUCUUCGGAGGAAGAACUAACCUUGGAGGCAAACUCUGGGAGUGUGGUGGCAAAAAACUACAUAGAAGGCGCUCGAGUGAAUGAUAAAUUCAUGCGUACACAGCUAAAACUUAAGCCCAGUGAAUUCGACCAGUAUCAGGUGACCAAGGAAACGAUCAUAACUUUCUGCAUCAAAGAAUUCCGAGCCUUUUUGCUCUUCGGCGAGUGUUUAAAUGCUUCACUGACUUUGGAGUUCGACGAUGCGGGCAUGCCUCUUCUACUGAAAAUUAAGAAGCAUGGCGAGAUUGAGUGUUUGCUCAUCAUGUCCACACUAUCACCUGAUGAUGUAAGCUUCUCCGAGGAUUAUUGUCAAAGGGAGUUAACGGUCCAAGAUGAAGAUGUGCAAGAGGUGGUAACGAAGCGAAAGAGUAAUGCUGCGUUUUCAAAUGGGACCAGCAAGCGCAAGAACAGUGCUACGGAACCGGCUGCAGUGCAGCCGAAAAGGAGAGUGGAGGAGAGCCAGUUGGAAACGAGCCUCGAUACUCCCCUAUUUCAGUUCCGACACUCGGAGGCCCCUUCUGUUCAACAGCCUCGCAUCUUAGCAGAGGUGGACACAGUGGUUUUGAUUGAAGACGAGGCUGAACAGGAGGCACUCAUGUUAGCAGCUGCGGAUGCUGCGUUGGAGGCCAGCAUGGCACCUAAUUCAGAGGCUCCGAACAGCACAGAGGUUUGCUUCUUCAAUACGGACGAUUCGCAGAAAGCCAAGCCACCGGAAACGCUCUCCGACGAUGAUGAAACCAUACCCCAGUCACCUGAAAGGCCCAACAAGGUGCGAACGAUCUUCUCGCGGUGCUUCCAGAGAACCUUCGUUCCGCGGGAGCCAUCGCCAAAUACCCAGGUUUAUGCUCCCAAUUCUGAUACAGAGGAUUAGCCUAGAUUUGAUCGUUUAUGAGGAAACAUAAUAUAGGUUUAACUUAGCUA